AUGGGUAAAGUGAAACAACGGAGUGAAUUGAGCCAGGCUGAAAGGGAGGACAGAAUACGCCGUGCACUAGCAAAAAGGGCCGAAUUCAACACUCCCUGGACAGUUCUAUCUCUAGAGUUCGGCAUUCCUACCUCUACACUAAACGAUAGACAUAAUGGACGCAAAAACCGUCAUGAGGCGCAUCAAAGUCAACAAAAGCUACCCCCAACCGUGGAGAAAACUCUUAAGCGAUGGUGCGAAGAUAUGGACGAUGCAGGGUUCCCACCAAGAAUAGAUUUAUUGAGAGGGAUGGCAACAGCAAUGGCCCAAAAUAUUGCCGAAGAGAAUGGCUUAGAGGUGGACUCCGAGUCAGCGUACAUUGGCCGUAACUGGAUAUCAAGAUUUCUCGACCGCAACCCGUCAUUGGCAUCCAAAUUUAGUACACAAAUAGACCGUCAACGACAGCAUGCGAGCAAUCCUAUCACCCUCCGCGAUUAUUUCAAUAAGCUCACCCGCCUAUUACGCAAACUUAUUUCUAAAGGACUUCGACCUAACGAUGAUAUCUGGAAUUUUGACGAGAAGGGUUUUAUAUUAGGUUAUUCAUCAAAGGCAAAGCACUAUUACGGGAAGGCCGCAGACAACCACUUGAGAGAAACCCGAACGGGAAUUAGUAAAGGAACAUUUUGGUCCCUAUUCACAGAAGCCCGUCAAAAGGCUUACACAAAGCAGACAAUUCAAUCCGCAUUCCGUGCCACUGGAAUUCAUCCGCUGAACCCAGACAAAGUUCUUAACAAACUAAAACCGCUCAACCUAACUCCUAGCACUCCUAACGGACCUAAGAUUCUGCUUAACAAACAUUUUCAGACGCCGAGAAACCGCCGAGAUUUGCGCCAUCAAACACAAUUCGCAUUGGGAAUUGACUUUCAGGAUUCAGAGGAGUACAAAGCUGUUAUUCUCAGGCUCGCUCACCUUGCUGAAGCAUCACUUAGUGAAGCAGAGAUUGCAAAACUUCAAUUGAGAGAAAUGCGGAUAAAAUAUGAGGGGAAGAGAGCAGUCAAAUCUGAUAGGCGUGUAUUAUCUAAAGCACAAGUAAUUACUGGAGCGGACAUCAUCAGGUUGAAAGAGGAAUUAGAAAGGAAAGCUCUAGCCCGUACCUUCAAGUUGAAGAAAGAAAAGACAGAACACCUACCAGCACGCACCCGCAAAUCAAUCCCCCAACCAAAUAUCAUCAGUAACUCCGGGUCCAUUCCUAACUCUCCUCAAUCUCCUGUGGUGCGGGUCAGCCAAAGAAAAAGGAAAGUCAAGUUCAUUCCCCACCAUACCUGA